AUGAUUGCAACCCAAUCAGAAGAAAAACUUGGCAUAACCAUCCCAAAACCAUUGGUCAUUCAUUUCACUAAGGAGGAAAGUAUGAAUGCCCCCAGUGAUUUGAAGACUUUAAUAGUUCAGAUACCAAGCCCUUUUUCAUAUAAAGACAACAAAGUCGUACCUUGGAACUAUAAUGAAGAGGUACAUCUAGCUAAACAGAAGAACAAAGAUGUUUCUAGCUUUAAAACCACCGCUGUCACGAACGUUUCAGGAAUAGGAGGAAUGGCUAGAAACGGUCGGAUAUACUCCCCGGGAAAAUCACAAAGAGAAAUGAGAGUGGUGUUUGAGAAGGCAUACACAAAUAAAGAGGAAAAGAAAGUUGAAAAGGAGAAAGUAGAAAAUGAGGUUUCUAAUGAAAAAGCUCAGGAAUUUCUCCAAAUCAUCAAACAGAGUGAAUACAAAAUAGUUGACCAACUCAACCAUACUCCUACAAGGAUUUCAUUGUUAUCCCUAUUAAUGAAUUCUGAGUCCCACCGGAAGCUAUUGAUGAAAAUACUAAAUGAGGCUCAUGUUACUCACGACAUCACCGUUGACAAAUUUGGAGGCAUCAUAAAUAACAUCACAGCCAACAAUCACCUAACUUUCACAGAUGAUGAGUUGCCGACCGAAGGGAGAGGGCAUAAUAAAGCACUACACAUAUCAGUAAUGUGCCUCGACCAUAUAAUGUCAAGAGUCCUCAUUGACAAUGGCUCCUCACUGAAUGUCAUAUCCAAAUCAACAUUAGCAAAACUACCUUGUGAUGGUACAUAUAUGAGACCAAGUCCCAUGGUUGUUAGAGCUUUCGACGGGAGUCGCAGAGAAGUAAUGGGGGAAAUCGAUCUCCCAGUUCAAAUAGGCCCAGUCACAUUUGAAAUCACGUUUCACGUGAUGGAUAUUGUACCCGCUUAUAGUUGCUUAUUGGGUAGGCCAUGGAUCCAUUCUGCCGGUGUAGUGUCGUCAACCUUACACCAAAAGCUGAAGUAUAUGGUAAAUGACCAAUUGGUAAUCGUGUCGGGAGAAGGAGACUUGUUGGUGAGUAAUCUGUCCACCAUACCUUAUAUUGAGACGGCAGAAGACGCUCUAGAAACUGCAUUCCAAACACUAGAAAUCGUGGACACCGCUUAUGUCGAGACGACACCUAUAGAACCACAUAUGUCAAACAUUGCUAUUAUGGUGGCUAAGUUCAUGUUGAGCAGAGGACACCAUCCAUGGCACGAGUUGGGGAAGGAUGAAGAAGGGCUCAAAGAACCGGUGGAACUUCCUGAAAAUAGAGAUAAGUGGGGUUUAGGUUACAAACCCACCAGGGAUGACAAACGGAGAUUGGUCAAAGAGAAAAAAGAAAAAAGAUUAGCUCGAAUUGAAAAUCGAGAGCCAAGAAUCGAAAGGAUUUCCAUCUGUGACAUCCGACGGAGUUUACAAAGUGCAAGACCAACAAGUGAAAUCCAUAUUGCGGCAGCUGAAGAUGACAUGUUUGAUGGGGAUGCCAAUUGGAUUCGCCCGUGUGGUGUAGGGGCAGAAAUCAGGAAUUGUAAAGUAGUCAAGUCACCUAUGAUAUUUAAUGCAAUUCCAAUAUUUGGGAAUAGUUCAUUCACAGACGACUGUACUAAGAUCUCGUUGCAUAAUCUUAACCAUCUUGUUAGUCAAACAGAAAAAGAUAAUGAAGAAGAUUAUGAACCCCCUCUAGAUUUGUUAAGAGCGGUAGAACGGGAAACCCAGGGUAUCAUGCCCUUUAAGGAACCGAUAGAAAUUGUUAAUCUAGGGACUGAAGAAGGAAGGAAAGAAAUUAAGGUUGUCACCAUCUUAAAGAAAGAAGUAUAUCACAAACUAAUCCAACUCUUACAUGAAUACAAAGAUGUUUUUGCCUGGUCAUAUCAGGAUAUGCCUGGAUUGGAUACUAGCAUAGUGGAGCAUAAAUUGCCCUUAAAACCCGAUUCUUCUCCGGUGAAACAAAAAUUAAGGCGAAUGAAGCCUGAUAUGUCAUUAAAAAUCAGGGAAGAAAUACAAAAACAAUUUGACGCAGGAUUCCUCGUUGUGGCAAAUUAUCCCCAAUGGAUAGCCAAUAUUGUACCAGUGCCAAAAAAGGAUGGCAAAGUACGAAUGUGUGUCGAUUAUAGGGACCUUAAUAAAGCUAGUCCUAAAGAUGAUUUCCCGUUACGUCACAUCGAUAUUUUGGUUGAUAAUACGACUCGCCAUUCACUCUUCUCUUUUAUGGAUGGUUUCUUUGGGUAUAAUCAAAUUAAGAUGGCAGCUGAAGAUAUGGAAAAAACCACUUUCAUCACUCCUUGGGGAACAUUUUAUUACAAAGUAAUGUCUUUUGGUCUGAAGAACGCUGGAGCGACCUACCAAAGAGCUAUGGUAACCCUAUUCCAUGACAUGAUACAUAAAGAGGUCGAAGUUUAUGUACACGACAUGAUCGCUAAGUCACAAACAGAAGAAGAACAUAUUAUUGAUCUAAAGAAACUCUUCAAAAGACUUAGAAAGUUUAAGCUAAAGCUCAACCCCUCCAAAUGCACUUUUGGGGUGAGAUCGGGCAAAAUAUUGGGAUUUUUGGUUAGUCAGAGAGGAAUAGAGGUUGAUCCCGAUAAGAUUCGAGCCAUUGCAGAAAUGCCUCCCCCGAGUACAGAAAAAGAAGUUCGCGGUUUUCUUGGGAGACUAAAUUAUAUUUCAAGAUUUAUAUCACAACUAACUGCUACUUGUGAACCGAUAUUUAAACUUUUACGGAAAAAUCAAACAGUUGUGUGGAACCAAGAAUGUCAAAAUGCAUUUGAAAAAAUCCGACAGUAUUUGCAAAAUCCUCCAAUUCUAGCCCCACCAGUUCUGGGCCGACCCUUGAUUAUGUAUCUUACAGUCCUCGACGGGGCCAUGGGAUGCGUACUGGGGCAACAUGAUGAAACAGGAAAAAAGGAGCAUGCCAUUUAUUAUCUAAGUAAAAAAUUUACAGAUGUUGAAACAAGAUAUACAAUGUUAGAACGUACUUGUUGUGCCUUAGCCUGGGCGGCUCAUCGCUUGAGGCAAUACAUGCUUUGCCAUACAACUUAUUUGAUAUCCAAAAUGGAUCCAAUCAAGUACAUUUUUGAAAAGCCCGCUCUCACAAGGCGAAUUGCUCGAUGGCAGGUGAUGUUAUCAGAAUAUGAUAUUACAUAUGUUACUCAGAAAGCCAUCAAAGGGAGUGCAAUAGAAGAUUAUCUAGCUAAUCAACCUGUUGAUGAUUAUAAAUCAAUGCAAUGUGAAUUCCCAGACGAAAGUAUCAUGGUUUUGUCUGAAGAAUAUGAUGAUGGAAAAUGGACCUUGUUGUUCGACGGGGCCUCAAACAUAAUGGGGCAUGGGAUUGGGGUUGUUUUAAUAUCUCCAAAAAAGAAGUUCAUACCUAUCACGGCGCGAUUGUGUUUUGACUGUACCAAUAAUAUGGUAGAAUAUGAAGCUUGCGCCAUGGGAGUUUUGGCAGCUUUGGAAUCAAAAGCAAAAGUUCUAGAAGUAUAUGGAGAUUCAGCCCUAGUCAUUAAUCAGCUUAACCAAGAAUGGGAAACUCGAGAUAAGAAGUUAAUACCUUAUUUUACCUACAUAAAAGAAUUGUCUUUAGAAUUUGACAAAAUCACGUUUCACCAUGUCCCUCGAGAAGACAAUCAAUUGGCUGAUGCUUUGGCUACUUUAUCAUCUAUGUUCCAAAUAAAUCGAAACGAUGAAAUCCCAUCAAUUAAAAUGGAGAGUCGAGAUUAUCCAGCCUACUGCCAUGUCAUGGAAGAAGAAACUGACGGAAAACCGUGGUAUCACGACAUCAAACAUUAUCUUAUAAAUAGAGAAUAUCCUCCCGGAAUAUCGGAGAAUGAGAAAAGAACUUUGAGACGGUUAUCCGCGAGUUUUUUUGUGAACGAAAAUAUUUUGUAUAAGAGGAAUCACGAUAUGGUACUCCUUAGAUGUGUUGAUGUUAAUGAGGCGAAGGAAAUUCUACAAGAUAUCCAUGAUGGCUCUUAUGGGAUCCAUAUGAAUAGACACGCCAUGUCUAGAAAGAUUCUUCGGGCCGGAUAUUAUUGGCUCACCCUAGAAAAAGAUUGUUAUAAUUAUGUAAAGAAAUGUUAUAAAUGUCAAAUAUAUGCUGAUAAUAUCCACGCCCCACCAGUGCCCCUGAACACCCUUUCAGCGCCCUGGCCAUUCUCAAUGUGGGGCAUAGACGUCAUCGGAAUGAUCGAACCGAAAGCAUCAAAUGGACAUCGCUUCAUCUUGGUGGCAAUUGAUUACUUUACCAAGUGGGUAGAGGCAGCUUCAUACGCCAAUGUAACCAAAAAUGUGGUAGUCAAAUUUAUAAAAAGGGAAUUAAUAUGUCGUUAUGGUCUACCAAGCAAGAUCAUUACUGACAAUGCCACAAAAACCAAAAAUGUGGUAGUCAAAUUUAUAAAAAGGGAAUUAAUAUGUCGUUAUGGUCUACCAAGCAAGAUCAUUACUAACAAUGCCACAAAUCUAAAUAACAAAAUGAUGGAUGAAUUGUGUGCCACCUUUAAAUAUGGAAUGCUUACUGAGUAA